AUGUGUAAUUCCCUCGCCUUUCCCUCCCCCCUUUGCUUCCCUCCACCUUCCUGCGACGGCUCGGUUCUGCGCGCAACGCAUUCUCCUUUAUAUUUACUCGUCAUUCCCUUUACUCACGGUAGUGUGUACGCUGUGUACGGACUGUACGGCAGGUAUGUGUACGACUACAGUACCCUGGUGGAGGCGCUGGCACGCUACCGUGUAGCCAUGAUUGGCAGCGGCGCCUGGGCUUGCGCUGCCGUACGAAUGAUGGCACAAAACACGUUGGCGCACGACCCUGCCGACAACUUUACGGAUGAGAUUAAGAUGUGGGUGUACGAGGAGGAGUACGAGGGCCGCAAGCUGACGGAGGUCAUCAACGAAACACACGAGAACCCCAAGUACUUCCCCGGGUUCGAUUUGGGUUCCAAUGUACGGGCCGUACCCUCCAUUGACGAGGCGGUGGCGGAUGCUGACCUCAUCGUGUUUUGCGCCCCCCACCAGUUCAUGCACAGCAUCUGCAAGCAACUCAUCGGCAAGGUCAAACCGGGCGCCUCAGCCAUCAGCCUGACUAAGGGCAUGCGAGUACGGCCGGAGGGGCCCCAGCUCAUUAGUCAGAUGGUUCGUCGUAAUCUGGGGAUUGACUGUGCCGUACUGAUGGGCGCCAACAUCGCCACGGACAUUGGUCGGGAGCAGCUGUCUGAGGCGGUGAUUGGGUACGACAACCUCGACUCGGCGGAGCGCUUCAAGAAGCUGUUCGAGCGGCCGUACUUCCGCGUCAGUCUCCUCCCGGAUCCGGUGGGCGCUGAGAUGUGCGGCACUCUGAAGAACAUCGUGGCCCUGGGUGCGGGAGUGGUGGACGGCCUGGGGCUGGGACCCAACUCCAAGGCCACCAUCAUAAGACAGGGUCUUGUGGAGAUGCGCGCCUUCUCCAAGGCUCUUUACCCCAGUGUUCGCGAUGACACCUUCCUGGACUGUUGCGGAGUGGGGGACCUCGUGGCGACAUGCUACGGGGGCCGCAACCGGCUUGUGGCGGAGGCGUGGACGCGGGCGCAGAUGUCUGGCACGCCGCGCACGUUUGAGGAGCUGGAGGCGGAGCUGCUGCGGGGCCAGAAGCUGCAGGGGGUGCUGACGAGCAACGAGGUGCAGGAGAUACUUCGAGCCCGAUGCUGGGAGAGCAACUACCCCCUGUUCACAACCAUCAACCGAAUUAUCAACGGUCACCUGCCACCCAAGUUCGUUGUCGACUACGUGGUGAGCGAGCUGAUGAGAGGUUCACAGAUGGGGGAUGGAACCCAACAAAACUGA